AUGGAUCAACCUGCUGUUGUUGGUGUUAAGAACCACAUUGAGAAGCCUUUUGUGUUCAAAGGUGUGGAUUUCAAAAGAUGGCAGCAAAAGAUGUUGUUUUAUCUAACAACGUUGAACUUGGCACAAGUGAUUACAUCUGAGGCUCCUGAAUUGCCAGCAGAGGGUGAUAUCCCUGAUGCAACUAUGAAAGCUGUUGACGCUUGGGAGCACAACAAAUUUAUGUGUAAGAAUUACAUCCUAUAUGCAUUAGAUGAUUCUUUGUAUGAUGUUUAUUCUACAUUCAAAACUGCAAAAGAGCUGUGGGAUUCUUUGGAUAAGAAAUACAAGUCUGAAGUUGCAAGUGCCAAGAAAUUUGUUGUUGGAAAAUUUCUGAAUUGUAAGAUGAAUGAUGCCAAGUCUGUGGUGAAGCAAGUGGAAGAACUCCAAAUUACUGGUCAUGAAUUAGUUGCUGAAGGUAUGGGACUCAAUGAGACUUUUCUUGUUGCUUCCAUUAUUGAAAAGUUGCCUCCCUCUUGGAAGGAUUUUAAGAUUUAUCUCAAGCACCUAUCUGAAGAGAUGAACCUUGAGCAAUUGAUUCUUAAGCUUCGUGUGGAGGAAGAGAAUCAAAAGAAUGAAAAAUCGGAUUGGUCCUCAAUGGAAGCAAAAGCCAAUGUGAUUGAAGGCAGUGCAUCAAGGCAUGUGUGUGCUGAAGGAAGCAUGUUUGCAACAUAUGUGCAAGGAUCUGGUGGAGAGAACUGUUAUAUGGGAAACUCUAGCACUGCUGCAGUUGAAGGAAAAGGAAAAGUGAUACUGAAACUCACUUCUGGAAAAGAACUUGCACUCACCAAUGUGUUCCAUGUUCCUGAGAUUAGAAAGAAUCUGGUUUCUGGUUCUCUUCUUAUCAACAAAGUCUUUAAGUUAGUGUUUGAAUCUGAUAAGUUUGUACUCACCAAGGGUGGGAUGCACUUUUACAAAUCUGUUGAAAAAUCCAACGAAAUGCUUGGACUGAUUCAUAGUGAUCUUUGUGACUUCCAAUCAACUCCAAGUAGAUAUGGAAAGAAUUAUUAUAUUACUUUCAUCGAUGAUUGUAGCAAAUUUUGCUAUGUCUAUUUAAUAACAAGUAAAGAUGAAGCUUUAAGUAUGUUUAAGAUAUAUAAAGCUAAAGUUGAAAAUCAAUUAGACAAGAAGAUAAAAAUACUGAGAUCAGAUCGUGGUGGAGAAUACAUUUCAAAUGAAUUCUCUGAAUUUUGUUCUACACAUGGAAUUAUUCAUCAAACAACAACACCUUACACUCCAAUUCAAAAUAGAGUUGCUGAGCGUAAGAACAUAACUCUCAAAGAAAUGAUGAAUUCCAUGUUGAACAGUUCAGGUGCUCCACAAAGUUUAUGGGGUGAAGCUCUAUUAUAUGUAAACUCAAUAUUGAAUAAAAAUUCUCUUAAAAGGAAUGAUUAG